AUGUCCAACCAAUAUGAUAUGAAUAGCACCUUGGAUAUGAAAAGUAUCUACCAAGAGGACAUCGCUGAGUUUAGAAAACAUGUAGAACCGCUUUUAAAGAAAUACCCACGCUAUGAUACGGAUUAUGCUUUAUUACGUUGGCUUAGAGGAUGCAAAUUUGAUAAAGAAAUGGCCGCACAAAAAAUGGAAUGGUCUUUAAAUACAAUGAAUGCAGUUGGAGCAUUUGAUAAAGAUUUUAGUUCAGUUGAGAAAAUUGAAGCAAUUUUAAGAGCGGCAUCGCCUUUGACUGAAUAUUUUCCAGGUGGUACUAUUGGAUAUGAUAAAAAUGGGUAUGUGAUAAUUAUACAUAAUAUUGGUAAAGCGCAUCCACGUAGUCUAGUCGGUGCUGAACGAGUGUCCCAAUUUUAUGUCAACGCCAUAUACGAUUACGAAGGGACACAAUGUCUUGUAAGAUCAGAGGAAGCGAAACGUGGAUGUAAAUUGGGUACAGUGGUAAUCGUUGAUUUGAAUGAUUUCUCAAAUGACAUCAUCUUCCACUUGCCAGCUACAAAGAUAUAUAUCUCAACAAUUGUGAUGCUGCAGGACAUGUUUCCGGAUGUAAUGGUAAAAAUAUACAUCAUGAAUGCUCCCAUAGCUGUGCAAUUUCUUUUGCAAAUGGUUUUAAUGAACAUUGCUAAAGAAACGACGGAUUUGCUUGAAUUCCUGGGUAGUGAUUGGAAAGAAGUUUUGGUAGAUAGGCAUGGAGCAAAAUUUCUACCAAAAAAGUAUGGUGGCUUGUUGGAUGAUGAUAUUUUUCGAAAAGGAGGCGAAGUUCCGCAUUCUGUAGCAGAAGUGAACAGGAAGUAUGUGGCAGACGAAAAGCUCAAGAAGAUUACCGUAAACGCUAGGAAUGAAGCAGUAGUAAGCAUCAGUGUGGAGAAGCCCAAUUCAAGACUUUCCUGGUAUUUUAUUUGUUCAUCGGGUGAUAUCGAUUUCUGCGUAUUGUUCGAGAAACAAGAGGUCUGGCCACGUUUCCGAAUUUACACUGAAUUCACAGCAGAAUACAAUGAAAUUGAGUGCAAAGAAGUUGGUAUAUAUCAAUUACUGUUUUCCAACAAACGUGGACGUAUAUGGAGCAAAUGUAUUCAGUAUUACGUUGACGUCAAACUGCCUGCGGCCCAAAUUGAAAAUUUAGCUUGCUAA